UGCACGGAUAGUCGUUUGCUGAAAUUUCGCGGAACAUGAGAGGCUCGCUCGGAACGAUAAUCUUAGCGACAUGUUUGGCGGCCUGCACGGCGAUCUGUCGUCCUGGAUUGGAUGGACGGGAAGAUUGGUACCAGUGCGAGGGAUUAAGCGAUUUAAACGAGUUACAGAUACCAGCUGGAGCAGCCGGGAUCAAUAUCAUCGAUUCGAACAUCAACAAAAUUAAGACUGGCGCAUUUUCCAAAUAUUCUGACUCGCUCGUUGAAUUAAACAUAACGGGAUGUGGCGUGGAGGAUAUCGAGCCAGAUGCUUUCAGAGGUCUUAAGAAAUUGCAAGUGUUGGGCUUGGUCAACAAUAAGAUCCGCAAGAUCGAUGCCUCCUGGAUCAGAGGAUUAUCGAGUCUGAAAGUGUUAAUCCUGUGGCGUAAUCGGAUCGUCGAUAUAGAUCCGGAAAUUUACGAUCUGCUCACGGAACUGCAAGUUUGGGACAUCGCUUACAACGAGCUGAACGCAUGCCUGUCUCCGGACAUGUUGAGGAAACUGAAGAAACUACGUAGAAUUUUAAUCGCCGGCAAUCCCUGGUCUUAUAGGUGUCGUUCCCCGAUGACCUGGUAUUUGGGCAGCAAUCAUAUCCGUUUCAUCAAGGAUUGGAGUAUCAGCGACCUGUUAAUCGAGGAAUGUUUGGCUCACGAACCUGGCGCGGAACAAGACGACGUCAUUUUGAAUAAAUGCGUCGAUAGGAAAGUUGGAUCAUCCGAUACGUUGCCGUACAGCGUGGCUGGAUUGAACGAGCAAGUUCGUGAACUUACUCGGAAGGUUUCUAACUUGGAAGCUGACAUAGCAACGCUGAAGAAAUCGAAAAUGUAAUCGUACCUUUGAUUUCUCUUUUCACGGUUUAACCGUUUUCGCGGUAUAAAUGCGAGUUUGGAAUAUGGUUAUAAAGUAGAAUUACCUGCGUUUAUCUGAACUCUGAUCGUUGGAACGAAAGUUUGGAUCAUUGUACGAGCAUUUAAUCAUUAAAUGCACUUUUGCCGAACA